UUGCCCGUAGAUGAUUGAACAAGAUGAAGAGCCACAUUAUUCCAGUUUUGUUCCUGUUCGGUAUUAUUUGUGCAGUGCUGAUUGCUGCCCAUCCGCAUGACCUUAUUGGAUUACCGGAUGACUCCAACAAUGAUCUCUUGGAGGAAGGCAGUGGCUACAAUAGUGCAGAAGAGUUCAUGAACGCCAUGGACGAACUCAUCAGGCAAUGGCAGGAAAACGAUGCAGCUCAGGAAAACUCAACUGACUACUCAAGCGGAGAUUAUGAUGAGACGACAUUGAGUUCUAUUGAUUUUGUAACCGAACUGGUUGCUUAAUAGAAAAUUACUUUGUAAAUUAUUUAUUAAAUUUAAUAAUUAUAAGGAGAUGCCUCUUUUGCUUGUAUAUAAAAAUUCCUAAAAUGCUUUAUAGCAUUUAAACUGAA